AUAACAGAUUAUUAAAAUCUACCUCUGCUCCCCUCGUUAUUUACGAAGAUAGAAAUGGAUUACGAGACUCUCUUAAUCCCCUUCCACUUCCCCCAAGCGAGGUUCCUGUUCAAGGACCAGAGGCUUCCAGUGCCAAUCUUGGACUCGACACUAGCCCAGAUCCUACUGGGAAUCUCAAAUCAGAGUGAUUGGAUGGUGAAGAUCAUUUCAUGGAACUGCCGUGGGGCAGCAAAACAUAAUUUUCAUAGCAGUGCCAUGGAUUUGAAACGCACUCAUAAUCCUGCUAUUAUGCUGGUUGUUGAAACUAAAUUAUCUGGAGAAGAUGCUCGAAGCCAAGCCGCUUCUCUUGGAUUUGCUAAAUCCUUUGUGGUGAACUCUAAUGGGCUUGCUGGAGGGCUAUGGCUUUUAUGGGAUGAUGCUGCAGUUGUGGUGGACAUUGUCUCUUAUAGCGAUCAAGCCAUUCAUGCAAUUAUUAAGGUAUGUAAUAACCCUUCUUUUCCUAUUGAUUGGUUUCUUUCUGGUAUUUAUGGUAGGCCCCAAAUAGCUACUAGAACUCUUUUAUGGAAUGAACUAUCUACUAUUGCUGAAAACAUAUCUAUGCCUUGGAUGAUGAUUGGGGAUUUCAAUGAUGUUUUAGACCAAAGUGAGAAAUUUGGUGGUAAUAGAAUAUGUCAAGCCCGUGUCCGGGCUUACUUGGAGUGCAUGAACAAUUGCAACAUGAUUGAUCUGGGGUUUGUGGGUAAUAGAUUUACUUGGGUUAACAUGAGAUUUUCGCACCAUCUUAUUCGAGAAAGGCUUGAUCGGGCUUGGGCAAAUCCUGAGUGGAAAUUGCUAUUUCCCGAAGCUACUCUCUUUCAUCUUCCACGGACUAGUUCUGAUCAUUGUCCAAUCUUGCUUGAUCUUAAGCCAUUUACUCAUCGCACAGGUUCUAGACCUUUUCGUAUGGAAAAAUUCUGGCUUGAUCAUCCUGAAUUUCAAGCUCUUAUUCAACAAAUUUGGUCAUCUAAUAACUCCAACACAUCUGAUUGUUUGGAUACCUCUAUGAAGCAAGCAAGGAUUUGGAGUCGAAAUACUUUUGGGAAUAUUUUCAAAAGAAAGCAAAAGCUCCUUUCACGACUUGCUGGUAUUCAAAAGUCUACUUCCUAUAAUUUUUCUCACUUCCUUUGGAAUCUUGAAAAGGAGCUUAUUCAAGAAUUUGAGCGUGUGCUUAAAUUAGAGGAGGAUUUAUGGUUCAUGAAAUCUAGAACCAAUUGGAUUGUCGAGGGGGAUAGGAAUACCAAAUUUUUCCAUCUAUCCACUAUUAAACACCGAUCAAAGAACAGGAUCCUUGGGCUUAAGAACCUUGAUCUUUUCUCCACCACACUUGAUCAUUCCUUUAUGGACUCUUUUCGAACUGUUCAACUUUCUAUUGACGAGUCCCUUAGUUUGGACUCUCUCAGUGGAAUUCCCUCCGAAGUUGAAAUUUUGAGAGCAGUUAACUCUAUGAAGCCUUAUAAAGCUCCUGGCCCGGAUGGUACCCACCCUUUCUUUUAUCAAAAACUUUGGGCUGUGGUUAAGGAUAAAGUUUGCAAUGAUAUCAAACAGAUAUUUCAGGAGAGUUCUAUUCCAGAAAAGUGGAAUGAGUGCCUGUUGGUCCUUAUUCCUAAAGUUAAAUCCCCUGAAACUAUUCAACAAUAUAGACCUAUUGGGCUGUGUAAUACCUCUUACAAAAUUAUUUCCAAGAUUCUUGUUCAUAGAUUGAAGCCUUGGAUGGAUAAACUUAUCUCCCCCUGUCAAUCAAGUUUUAUCCCAGGUAGACAAGGUAUGGAUAAUGUUCUUAUUCUUCAAGAAUUAGUUUAUUCUUUCAAGAAGAAGACAGGUAAAGUUGGGGAUAUGAUAUGCAAACUAGAUUUAGAGAAAGCUUAUGAUAGGCUCGAGUGGAGCUUUAUUCGGGAGGCUUUGCUUUUCUUCAAGUUCCCAAUGGAGAUCAUUAAUCUUAUUAUGUCAAUGGUUUGUUCUUCAUCUAUUUCUGUUCUUGUGAAUGGAGACAAAACUGAAUCUUUUCUCCCAACUAGAGGCAUCCGUCAAGGUGACCCCCUUUCUCCAUAUUUGUUCAUUAUUUGCAUGGAGUUUUUAUCUCUUAAAAUAUCUGCUGAUAUGGAGGCUGGGCACUGGAAAGGUUCUAAGGCGGGUAGGAGAGGGCCUUUGCUCUCUCACUUGUUCUUUGCAGAUGAUAUUAUAUUCAUUGGUAAGGCUACCCCUCAAAAUUGUGUUUACUUGAAAAACCUCUUGGAUUUUUUUUGCAGUAGAUCUGGCCAGCGGGUGAAUCCUGCUAAAUCAAGGAUUUUCUUCUCCAAAAAUGUGUCUAUUAACAAUAGGGAGUCCCUUUCUGCUAUCUUGGGCUUUCCUUGCACAGAGGACCUUGGUACCUAUCUAGGUAUUCCCAUCUCGGCAAAAAAGAUUUCUAAAGGUAAGUGUCAAUUUAUUAUUGAUAGAGUGAGAGCUAAACUUGCUGGAUGGAAGUCCAGAUUCCUUUCUUUGGCAGGUCGUGUCACCCUCACUUCUUCGGUCUUAGCGGCUAUCCCUAAUUACUAUAUGCAAACCAUGCUUUUACCUGCUUCAGUUCAUACUGAGUUAGACCAAAUAUCUCGAAAUUUCAUUUGGGGAUCAGAAGAUAACCAAAAGAAGAUUCAUCUAGUUGGGUGGCAGUCUGUCACCCAACCUAAGGAUCUUGGAGGGCUGGGACUCAAAAGUUCCAAGGAAGCUAACGUAGCAGCAAUGAGUAAACUCAACUGGAGAUUGUACACGGAGAAGGAUAAACUGUGGUGUAAUAUUUUUCGCAGCAAGUAUAAUCUCUCUGAUUGUCAUUCCCCCCUCCCUGCAUCUGGCUCUCCCAUUUGGAAAGCCAUUAUUAAGGGAUAUGAUAUUUUUAAGGCUGGAAUUAAGUGGAUUCCACAAUCUGGUGGGAAUGUGAGAUUCUGGACUGAUUGUUGGUGUUGUGAUAUCCCACUUAUUUCUUGGAUAUAUGGUCCUCAUACUCCUGGCUUCGAGCUCAUCACUGUUGCUGAAUUUUUCAAUGUUGGUGCAUCCGCUGCUGAUCUUAUUGCUUAUCCCAUUCCUAUCGACAUUGAACCCUUUAUCCAUGCUGUUCCUAUAUCUCUUUUUGCUUUAAGAGAAGACACUUUUGCUUGGGUUGGUAGCUCUAAUGGGUCUUUCUCAUCUGCCUCUGCUUAUUGUAUUACAAAGCAUCUCCCUCUUAAGCCUUUGGAGGAUUGGAGAUGGGUGUGGAAAUCUUAUACUUACCCAAAAAUUCAAUACUUCCUUUGGUUGCUUGCCCAUGAUCGUCUAAAAUGCUUCUCCUAUUUACAUAGACUCGGUAUUAUCUCCUCUCCUCUAUGCCCGUUAUGUCAUUUGGAAGAUGAAACAGUUGAGCAUCUCAUUCGCUCUUGCCCUAUUUCUGUUGUUAUUCUUUCUGAUGUUCUCCCUGUGGUUUUUUGUUUUGCUGUGUGGGGAAUCUGGCUCCAUCGGAACCAACUCAUUCAUAGAUCGAAUCCGUAUGGUACUGCCAUUUCAAAAAGGCUGAUCCUUGAGAAAGCCUCUAAAUUCUGGGCAGGGCAGUCCCUACCAACCCCUCCUUCUCGUGGAUCCUCUUUCUUUAAAUGGUCCAAACCCCUCUCUCCCUUUAUUAAACUUAACACAGAUGGCUCUGUCCUUGGGAACCCAGGUGGAGCCGCUUCGGGAGGUUUGUUUCGAGAUCAUAAUGGUAGUUGGAUUCUUGGAUUUGCCAGAAAAAUUGGAAUCACUAGCAGCCUUGCUGCUGAGCUUUGGGCUUUGAGAGAUGGCCUUGCCCUUGCUGUUACUUAUUCCUAUUCUCACCUAAUUGUUGAAACGGAUUCCAGUACUGCUUUUAAUUUCAUGAUGAAUACUGCUUGUGUUUCUCAUCCCCUCAGUUCUCUGAUCUUGGAUUGCAGGGAUCUCCUCAGACUCAUCUCCUAUGUUCAGAUAUUUCAUAUCAAGCGUCAAUCGAAUAUGGCUGCUGAUCAAAUUGCUAGAAUGGGACAUUCACUGCAGCAGGAUUUUGUUGUUCUUCCUCACUGUCCCGUUAAUGUCAAACUUUUAUGUAUUUUAGAUAUUAUGGGAUAUGAAUUUCCCAGGAACAACUAUAGAUCUGGCCAGCGGGUGAAUCCUGCUAAAUCGAAGAUUUUCUUCUCCAAAAAUGUGUCUAUUAACAAUAGGGAGUCCCUUUCUGCUAUCUUGGGCUUUCCUUGCACGGAGGACCUUGGUACUUAUCUAGGUCGUGUCACCCUCACUUCUUCGGUCUUAGCGGCUAUCCCUAAUUAUUAUAUGCAAACCAUGCUUUUACCUGCUUCAGUUCAUACUGAGUUAGACCAAAUAUCUCGAAAUUUCAUUUGGGGAUUAGAAGAUAACCAAAAGAAGAUUCAUCUAGUUGGGUGGCAGACUGUCACCCAACCUAAGGAUCUUGGAGGGCUGGGACUCAAAAGUUCCAAGGAAGCUAACGUAGCAGCAAUGAGUAAACUCAACUGGAGAUUGUACAUGGAGAAGGAUAAACUUUGGUGUAAUAUUUUUCGCAGCAAGUAUAAUCUCUCUGAUUGUCAUUCCCCCCUCCCUGCAUCUGGCUCUCCCAUUUGGAAAGCCAUUAUUAAGGGAUAUGAUAUUUUUAAGGCUGGUAUUAAGUGGAUUCCACGAUCUGGUGGGAAUGUGAGAUUCUGGACUGAUUGUUGGUGUUGUGAUAUCCCACUUAUUUCUUGGAUAUAUGGUCCUCAUACUCCUGGCUUCGAGCUCAUCACUGUUGCUGAAUUUUUCAAUGUUGGUGCAUCCGCUGCUGAUCUUAUUGCUUAUCCCAUUCCUAUCGACAUUGAACCCUUUAUCCAUGCUGUUCCUAUAUCUCUUUUUGCUUUAAGAGAAGACACUUUUGCUUGGGUUGGUAGCUCUAAUGGGUCUUUCUCAUCUGCCUCUGCUUAUUGUAUUACAAAGCAUCUCCCUCUUAAGCCUUUGGAGGAUUGGAGAUGGGGUUGGGGGUACCCAAGCAAGAUAGCCAACGAUGAUGUGAAGGGGGAUGAGACUGAGAAGAAGAAAGGGAGGCUCCUCAACCGAAGAGAAAACCCUAGAGAGAUAUUUGUUGUCACCAAACCCUAACCCUAAGAGAGGUGCCUGGGAAUCCUUUUUCAUCAAAUUUUGAUAGAGGUGCUUACUGCAAUUCUGCUUCUUUGUCACUGCUGCAUUUCUCUGUCACUAAAAUUUCACUCAGUCC